AGUCGUUGCAAUACCGUUUAUGCCUACAUUAUGAGGGUCAGGGCAUAACGACGGCGUUGAAACCAAUCGGGGCACCUGAAGCUUAUCUGCCCCCGGUAGGUAGCCUACUACUGCAAAAAAGCAGUGAUGAUGCGUACCUAGGUAGUAGUCGAGUUUGGUCGUCCGCGAUAGUACCAUUGUAGUGCUGCUUGCGGUCGUUCCCCAGCCAGUUUGAAGUGUCCAAGCGCACUGCAACCACCACUGCAACGGCCAUCCACACUUUGCAAGUACUUCGUUCAUCCUUUCCAUCUGCCAGUGGGACUAUCAUUGAGCCGGUCAAUUCUGAGGCUAGUUAUGCGGUCCUCCUUGUUCCUCGCCGUCUGGGCGGCCGCCGUGGUCAGUGGCCUUUCCAUUGACAAUCGUCACCAACAACAGGUUGCCCUCGAGAAUCCAUCACCGGCGCCCGAUCAGUACCUGAUAGAGCUGAGUCCUGGAGAAGUGAGAUGGGUAACCGAGGAGGAGAAAUGGGAGUUGAAGAGAAACGACAUCAAGUUCAUGGACAUCACCGAUAAUGGCCACACAUAUCCUUUACAAACCGCGUCCAGUUCCGUAACCUAUCCUUCGAAGCCGAAAUAUAACGAGACAGUCCGAUCGCUGGCGAAAGGGCUGAACAAGGAUAACAUGCGGAAGCAUCUUGAAGGGCUCACAUCGUUCCAUACUCGAUAUUACAAGAGCGAGUACGGCAUCCGCGCCGCCGAGUGGCUCUAUGGGCAGAUUGACAAGGUCAUCUCUGCAGCGGGGGCUUUCGAUCACGGAGCAAGUUUGAACAAGUUUGCACAUCCAUGGGGUCAGUUCAGCAUUAUUGCGAGAUUUCCCGGGCGGACCAACCACACUAUUGUGAUCGGGGCGCACCUGGACAGCAUCAAUCUGUUUUUGCCCGCCAUUUUUGCGGCGCCCGGUGCAGAUGAUGAUGGCAGCGGCACGGUGACUAUCCUCGAGGCUCUCACCGCCCUGCUACAGUCUGAGGACAUCGUCCACGGCAAAGCAGAGAACACGGUCGAGUUCCAUUGGUACUCGGCGGAAGAAGGAGGCCUGCUUGGUAGCCAGGCGAUCUUCAAAUCCUACUCCGAGGCCCAGAAGGAAGUCAAAGCAAUGAUUCAACAAGACAUGACCGGAUACAUUGAGCAGACACUGGCACACGGCAAGCCAGAGUCGGUUGGGGUGAUCACGGAUUUUGUGAACCCCGACCUCACCGAAUUCAUCAAGCAAAUCAUCACGACAUACUGUGACAUCCCAUAUACGUUGACCAAAUGCGGUUAUGCCUGCUCAGACCACGCAUCAGCUAGCAAAUAUGGCUAUCCAUCGGCAUUUGUGAUUGAGUCGGACUUUGAAUAUUCUGACAAAAAGAUCCAUACUACGGAGGAUCUCAUCAAAUAUUUGAGCUUCGACCAUAUGUUGCAGCAUGCGAAGAUGACCUUGGGGUUUGCAUAUGAGGCUGCUUUUGCACCGUUCUAGAGCGACGAUGCUUUACAAUGAUAUACAGUAUAUAUAGUUGCCUGAUACUACUACGAUGUACCUACCUAGGCAGGUCUAUCAGCUAUUGUACGCAAUGCAGUGGUAGCACUAAUUCAUUGCGGCCUCCUAAACCUG